GGGUCUUCGUAACGGCAUCUACCGUUAUUAACCGUUUCUCCCUUUUAUGGAUGGUUAUCUUGAACUUUUCCGUACUUUUUCCGCAUCUGAAGUCAUUCAAGACCCAUCAAAAGACGUCAUAGCAGGUGGUUUUUGUACGUUCGCUUAUCCACUUGCACCAUUUCGUCCCGGGCCGUUGCUGUACGAUUGAGGCACAGUCGCGGCUAUUAACACUGGCAUUGACAGCCGCUAAUGGUGGCCUGAACAACACUUAAGCGAUAAAACCCUUGUGCCAGGCUAUUCAUUGGUGACAUUGUUUGAUCUAUAGUGUCGAACAUAAUCUCUACGAUGGCAGAUCUUGGAAAAGGGAAAGAGAAGGCAAUUGAGGGCGAGUCAGCAACAGCACCAUCUGAUAAUACGACUUCUGGAAAUAGCCCCGCGAACGUUGCGCCGCAAGAUGAUAAAAAUGCAUCGCCACUGAAGGACCGUACUACAUCAUCUGACGCACAAGAAGAGGUGACCACUUCGAUAUAUUCAGCUGAAGCAUCUGCUGAUCAGGCAAUUCCAACGGGGCUUCCCUCAGACACAGUGGAAGGUCCUGCAUCAACAGCAGAACUUGUCAAUCCACUUGUGCUAGUUGAUAGUACAAACGACACGGACUCGGCUCUAGGCGACGAUGACGCUAUAAGUGACACAACAUCCAUCGCCUCAACCAUCCAUAAAGGCCGCUUCGAAAAUGGCCGCCGUUACCACAAGUACCGUGAGGGCGAAAACGAUUAUUGGGGUCCCAACGACGAGAUCCAGAAUGAUCAACUUGACAUUGCGCACCACAUGUUUCUGAUCAUGCUGAACCAGAAGCUGCAUCUGGCGCCUAUCAAAGAGCCAAAGAGGGUGCUAGAUCUUGGAUGCGGAACAGGAAUUUGGUGUAUGGACAUGGCUGACGAAUACCCCAGUGCCGAGAUCCUCGGCGUAGACCUCUCCCCUAUCCAACCCCAGUUCACACCACCAAACUGCAAAUUCGAAAUCGACGACAUCACCCUCCCAUGGACAUACACACAGCGCUUUGACUUCAUCAACAUCCGCUCCUUGUACGGCUCUAUCGGUGAGUGGCCAGCACUCUACACACAAGUCUACAACAACCUCGAGCCAGGCGGCUACCUCCACGAACUCGAAAUGAGCAUCCAGUUCAAAUCUGACGACGGUACGUUGACCAAAGAACACGUGCUGUCUCAGUGGAGCGAUCUCUUCCAUGAAGCAUCUGAGUGUUUCGGCAAAUCCUUCUACGAGGUUUGGAACUUGUCGACGUAUAUCCGUAAUGCAGGCUUCAAGGAUGUUGAAGAGCGAGUAUACAAGGUUCCUGUCAAUGGGUGGCCGGCAGACCCACAUAUGAAAGAGUUGGGAAGGUGGAAUCUGCUGCAUAUUACGCAAGGAGCAGAGGGAUGGGGACUGUAUCUGCUGACCAAGGUCAUGGGCUGGUCGGUCGAGGAGGCUCAGAUUUUCUUUGCUAAGUUCAGGUCAGGGGUGAAGGAGAGGAAGGUCCAUGCGUACUUUGAAGUCGUGGUGAUUCAUGCGAGAAAACCUUGAGAGGGGGGAGGGAUGACAGCGCAUAUAAGAUCAGUGCUCUUACGCGACAUGAAGAGACAGAGAUACAAUGCAGAAUAU